UAUUAAAGCCCCAUCGUGCCUGUUCCCACUGAGUAAGCCUUCUAUAAAUCUGCCCUUACACACUCUUCCUGGAUCUGACGCCCAGUAGUGCAGUGGUCGUAACGUAUAAAUGUACGAUUGCGCUUAGUCUUGGCACGGAGUUUACAAGACACCCAGCGCCCUACAUUACAAGGAUUUUACGACGCACAAAAAUGGGUCAGUGUAGUUCAAAGACAUCCGAGCAGUUUAACGAGUUCACGUCACUUACAACUAUAAAGUUGUGUGAAAAACGCACUCCAGGCGUUUCUCAAGGGAAGUGGCGUCCGGACGCCUCGCAUCAGAAUGAAGCGGCAGCGGAGAGACGGCGGCGCGGCUGCGGGACUCACGACGACUGCUCCGGACUGGUUUUUGUGGCUGAUCCGACUGGUGGGGUGUGGAUAGACGAAACCCUCGGAAGACAAAGGUGAACCCGUGGAUGUGAAGUUGGGGUCGUUGUUGUUCUUGUUUUUCCCUGAAAUCCAUCCUGAGGUUUCUAAAGGUACCGACAACAAUCCAGUGCUGGAAGCAUCUGGAAGGAUGGAGAUGGGAUUUUUUUGGAUGUCUGAGGGGCACAAACCUGUUUUGUUUGGUUUCCAUUAACUGAAAUGGAAACAGAUUUAUUUAACAGAGUUUUUCCAAGACAUUUAUUGUCCUUUUUUAGACAUUUAUGACCAUACUGCCUGGUCAUGGUCACACGUCAUGUGGUCAGUUGACAAAUGUCAUGGGAAACAUGAUUAAUUUCUUUAAACUCACAUGUCUCAGGGCAACAGUCUUAACUGAGAACUUAUAAUUAUGUAUGUCAUAUAUAUUUAUAGCCUAUAUGUAUUUAUUUCGCAAGUGUUCAUUUUUCAAGUUCCUACUUCAUGUGUCAAAUCACAUAUUCUUUAGUUUCUGUAGGAUCUUAAGCCAAUGGUUCCCAACCUCGUUCCUGAAGGCCCCCCAACACUGCACAUUUUGCAUCUCUCCUUUGUCUGACACACCCAUUUCAGGUCUUGGAGUCUCUACUAAUGAGCUGAUGAUCUGAAUCAGGUGUGUUUGAUUAAGGAGACAUGGAAAACCUGCACUGUUGGGGGGCCUCCAGGAAUGUGGUUGGGAACUACUGUCUUAAACCAUUUCGAACAUAUAUGUGACAUGAGAAUCCAUGAAAGAGAUUUUAAUUUAGUUUUAUCAUGGAAUGUUUUGUUUAAAUGUGUAGGCUACAUUAUUUAAGACACGAGAGAUAAAUUAUGCAGAACUCCGUUCCAGACAUUCUUAGCAUAUCAUUUGGGAGGUGUCCUGAGAUACUUUGACCCAUUAAUCAUACAGCACUAUGUAGAUAAGCUAGAUGUAAUACAUCACUGAGUAAUGCAGACCAAUCUUAAGUAAACACAUUUGUUGAGCGAACACAGUGAGAAGCUUUGGUGAUUUUGAACAUAUGACAUAUACAAUGGGCCAUUCAGGAUCCAGACACAAACCUGAAGCCCGUAUCCUGCUCUUAGGGCUCGACGGAGCUGGAAAAUCAACACUUCUUUACAAACUGAAGUACAAUGAGGACUUCCACACGGUUUCUACAGUUGGAUUCAAUGUUGAAAUGAUCGAAGCGAAGAAGAACAGGGACAAAAUCACCCUGACCGUGUGGGACGUUGGAGGGCAGGUUAAGAUGCGAGCGCACUGGAGGAAUUUUUACCAGGACACAGCUGGAAUUGUGUUCGCUGUGGACUCUUCUGAUAUUAAGCGUCUGGAUGAGGCCAAGAGUGUGCUGGAACAGACCUUAAAGAAUGACCACCUCAGGAGACUCCCGGUGGUGGUUCUUGCCAACAAACAAGAUAUUGUAGGAGCUGCAACGGUAACCGAGAUCACAGAGCAGUUUAACCUGAGAAAGAGUUGCAGUGAUCGAGACUGGUUCAUUCAGCCGUGUUCGGCGCUGACUGGAGCGGGACUGGAGGACGGCUUCAGACGAAUGGCACACCUGGUGAAAAUGACACCUGAGGACAAUAACAUCAAAGAGACUGUGAAGUACAUAAGAUCAAAAUCGGUUAUUUCAAUGAAGAAAUAGUCUGCAUGGUAACUUAUUAACCACUUUUUAUGGAAGGUUAUGUACACAGUGCUACUAAAUUUGGAUAGUUCAUAACGUGAACUGAAUGAAAAAUUAAGUAAGCUACUGAAAGAUACCGAAUGUUACUUGGAUUAUAAAUGAAUUAUUCUUAAAUUAAUAUAGUAACCAAGAUUGUUUAGAAAAAUAAAAUCUUAAAUGUCUGUAAUGAAAUAAAUACCCAUACAAACAGCAAAACCUGUUAACCACAUUUACAAAAAGUUAUGUGAACAAAUUAGCUCAUACUAGUUGUUCAGAAUCAUGUGAGCUGUAUGGGAAGUAGAGUUUUGAGGAACCAUAAAAGGGUCUAAAUAUUA